CCCAAAGAUCAAAGUGAGUGCAGUGAGCAAUGUAUCCAGGAACUGAAGACACUGAAGCAUGAGAAAAAUCUCUGCCUAGUUUCUUUUCCCCUUUUGCUUUUUUUUUGCUUUUUAAUUUCAUGGGUCAGUGUCCAGCCACCWACUGGACUUCGUGAUCUGCUCAACGAAUCUAUAUAAAAACAGUUAUUUAUCAGCAUCAAACUUCAACGUACAACAACUCUGAACUCUGAAAAUAAGAAGUUCCAGGAGCAAAAUUCAGAGGAGCUCUACAAACACUUUUCAGUAUGCAAUGGCCUUGGAUAAAAUGGAAGAUCUGAGUCUGACAGUGACCAGAGCUGAGACAGAUGAAGUGGAAGGUAUCACCUUAGCAAAACCAAUAUGCAGCAUAUGGGAUCAAGUUUGGAACUUCAAAGCCAAACCUGAUGAUCUGCUCGUUGCAACCUAUGCAAAAGCAGGUACCACGUGGACACAGGAGAUAGUGGAUAUGAUUCAAAAUAAUGGAGAUAUUGAGAAGUGUAGACGUGCCAGUACUUACACGCGGCAUCCUUUCAUUGAGUGGUAUAUCCCAAAGUCUUCACCUCARAGUUACUCAGGCCUGGAAUUAGCUGAAGCUAUGCCUUCUCCACGAAUACUGAAAACUCAUCUCCCUGUGCAGCUGCUACCCCCCUCCUUCUGGGAGCAAAAUUGUAAGAUCAUCUACAUGGCAAGAAAUGCCAAAGACAACCUGGUGUCAUACUACCAUUUCCACAGAAUGAAUAAAGCGCUGCCUGAUCCUGGAAGCUGGGAGAAUUUUCUUGAGAAAUUCAUGGCCGGAAAAGUGCUCUGGGGGUCCUGGUAUGACCAUGUAAAAGGAUGGUGGAAGGCAAAAGAUAAGCACAAUAUUCUCUACCUCUUCUAUGAAGAUAUGAAGGAGAAUCCAAAGCACGAAAUUCAAAAGAUAGUGAAGUUUAUGAAGAAGGAUAUUGAAGAGGAGGUAUUAAACCAGAUAAUUCACUACACCACAUUUGACAUAAUGAAGGACAAUCCCAUGGCAAACUACACCAAAGAUUUUGUGGGAAUAAUGGAUCACUCCAUUUCCCCAUUCAUGAGAAAAGGGGUUGUUGGGGACUGGAAGAAUCAUUUCACUGUGGCACAAAAUGAGAAAUUUAAUGAAGAUUACAAGAAGAAAAUGGCUGAUACCUCUCUUGUUUUUCGCACAGAACUCUGAGCAUUAGGAAUGGGAAUUAUUCCUUGUGAUCUAUCAAUUUUUUUCCUGUUUACAUAUUUUGCUUUUCUUUCACAAAAUAUCUGCUCCCAAGAUUCCAAUGGAUUUCUUUCACGUGCCAUUGAUAUUUCACUAUCAUACAAUUGCCCAAAUUACGUGGGAGUUUAGGCUGCACUGCCUGAAGAAAACAAUGACUCCCUGGAUACCUCUCAAUYAUCUCUCCUAUGGUAAUCUUCAAUACGACUAAUAAUAUUUCAGAUAAGUUUUCAGCUUCUGUCACUGUAAAACUGUAUUUUGUAUUGCUGGCAUAUUCAAAUCAAUCUCUAACACUAAUUAAAGACAAAUGGGGGAAAAGYGUUAACAAAGUAAAAAAGAUGGUGCU